CUCUCUGCUUUUCGUACGCGGGUCACUAAGAGUCUGAAACAUGGUCAAAACACCGAAGAAGUCUGGUGGGAAAGGAAAACAGCCCAAGACCUUCCUCGAUCACGAUGCAACUCGUGGCCUAGCGGAAUCUAUUGCGGGGAUGAAGGAACAGAAAUCGCAUUCCAAAGUCGCAAGAUUAUCACAGGCUGUACCGUCCCGACGCGAUCCGGCGACACCCAAGCCCAAGUCGGAAUCGAAAAUCAAACUGAAAGAAGCCAAGGCUAUCCUUGCCGCGAAAAGCUCGAGUUUGAAAAAAGAUCGGAAAAAGCGACGAAAAGAGCUCACAGGCCGUGCUCCUGCCGCGUCUCAAGACUCACCGAAUAUCACUGCGCAGCCCAUGAAAAAACGUGUUUCGUUUGCGUGAUCGAUGCACUCUACUGCGCCGUCUGCGCUGUGUGAUCUCCGCGAAUGAUCAGUGGUCGAUCGGACACACGGGGAUUAAAGGCGAUGCAAGUGUGUUCCGCUCCAUCAUCUGAUGCACUCCCGGACCCGGGGGUCUCGGUGUACUCCCGAAAUCGCUUUCUGGAACGGUUUGAGCUGGCAAUUGUCUGAUGGUCGGCCAUACAAUUAAAAUUGUUUCGUACGACGUCGCAACAGUCAUCACAAUGAAUGUUCUCGAGUGACGAUGACGCCGUUCGCCACACUAUCGCCUUGCGAAAGCCG